UGUUGGUUGGUUGGUUAGUGGUUUAACGUCUCCUUUCACUGGCGACGUGUGGGGGCCGGUGGUCGAGUGCCUCCGGUGCCUGUGUCACCCUCAGACAAAAAUGGCGACUACUGCACCUCCAUCAGACUGGCAAGGCGGCAAAACACUGAUAGAAAGUUUUGACCAUUUACUGACUUCCGGUAUAGCCAGUGACGUCACAUUCAUUGUUGGCGAGGAAAGGAACAGGAUUUCCGCCCACAGACUGGUCCUCCUGAGCAGAAGUCCGGUAUUCUACGCCAUGUUGGAAGGUCCGAUGGCUGAGAAAGGGGAGAUAACUAUUCCAGAUAUAUCUUCAGAGACAUUCAAAUUGUUUCUAAGAUACCUUUACACCGACACAAUCGACCUGACAGACAGGAACGUUGUACCUGUACUAAAUGUGGCCAGAAAGUACUGUGUCGACAUCCUUGUCUCUCUUUGUGGGGAAUUCUUUGCUAAGAAUCUAACGGUUGAUAGUGCCUGUGUGCUUUUUGAACAAUCCCAUGUUUUUGUGAUGGAGAGUUUGAGACAACAGUGUCUACAAUUCAUUCUAAACAACGCUCCCGGAGUUCUGCGAUCUGCGACAUUUACCGACCUCUGUCUCAACUGUAUGACAUGCAUCUCCGGGUCUGAUGAUCUCAAAGUCGUUGAGAACGGUGUGUAUGAAGCAAUCAUCAGAUGGUCGGAGGCGGAAUGUGGUCGACAGAACAUUAAGGCAACCGCGGGCAACAGGAGAGACGUUCUUGGGGAGACUUUGUACAAUGUACGUUUUCUUCAUCUUGAGGAAGACUUUCUUCUUCGUAGAAUAUGUUCAGAUAUGGUACUUAGAUCAGAUGACUUAGUUGAUAUAAUCAAUCACAAGAAAAACAAUAAGCCAUUGCUAUCUGAAAAACUGAAUGCGAAAAGAAGGUCAAGCUUUCCGUGGAGAAUUUCUAGGAUUGGAAUUGUAAAACAUGGACAAUGGACAUUAAUGCCAACUGACGAGGGUAUUUCAUUCAAGUCAUCAGUCGAUUUAUAUAUGUUCGGAUUUGGAUCAUUUUUUACAAAGGUUGAAAGAAGCAGUGUCGACCUGAAAGUAUUUGAAGAUGACGUCUGUCUUGUCCAAGGAACCAAGUUAAGAGGCAAGCAAGAGCCUGAUACACCGUACAUGGGAGACAUUAUUUUAGAUAAUCCAAUCAAAAUACAUGCCGGGAAAACGUAUACUGUUAUAGAACGUUCACAUCAUACAAUAUUGCAUUUCUUUGAAAAGGGGAUUACAAAGGUCACGCAUCAAGAUAUCACAAUAGAAUUCAUGAACAGUUCUAAAAGCAGAAGCACUACCACCGACAGGGGUCACAUACCGUAUCUUAUUCUCUCAUAUUGACUUCUUUAAUCAAACUAUGUAUCCGGAAUAGUUGAAAACACAAAUACCAAGAGUGGUGUUAGCAUUGUUCUCCGUUAAUGAUUUAAUCAUAAAAACAUAUAAUCGUAUUACAAUAUCUCCAUUUUGCAAUGCUAUGAAACUAUCCAACCACUUUCAUCUCAUUACAAAUAAGGUUGGAAUAGUGCAAUAAGCAAUAAAACUGUUGAGAAAAUUUGUAGAUUUACGCUUCUUCAAGGCAGUGAAUUCUGCCGUGCGUUAUCAAACCAUCAAUUUUGGAGCAAAAAACGUUGCAAUAUUGACUACAAUUUUCUUCGCAGUAUUAUUACAGGAGCCCAAACAGACAAAAGUUCAACACGGAAUAAUCACAUCAUUAAAUAUAGAACUGUAAUUAUCACAGGGCUCGUAAUUUGAAACAAUAACGUAUUACUUAGUGUUAACCAUCAAUUUCAUAGAUAUUUACGUUUAUGGCAUGUAAUGUGAGAGAAAAUAUUGAACUUUAUUGGAAUUUGACAUCUCCAUUUGUAUAUACUUUGUGUUGGUGUUUUGAUUCCAAUAUAUCUACAUUUGUUGAAUUGUGUGUAUGUAUAAGUCCUUCGAUACGUCCAAAUACCUACCGAAUCCUCUCCCUCCAAUCCCUAUCCUGACACAUAUACCUACCCUCAUCAUCAACCCUACCCCCGUCCUCUUCCUCCAUUCCACAUCCUUGUACAACCCUACCCCCGCCCUCUUCCUCCAUUCCCCAUCCUUGCAUAAACUUCUCGUCAUACUCCUAACCCUUACGCAAAACCAACCCAACCUCGACGCCUUCUCACUUAUAAAGGACCGAAAUAUCAAAGGGAAAUUUGUUCGAUUAAAAGCCGAAAUCGCCAUUGUGGAGAAACAUAUGAGAAUGCCAAUUACUCAGAGGAGGACGUUUGGUCUUUGAUGAUCUUUUUUACUCGAUUGAGAAACAAUAAUCAUAAGUCGUUGAUUUUAAUGUUAUAAUGCUGUUAAGAUUGUGAACAUUCCUUUUCUGUAGAAUUAUAGUAUGCAGCGAUUCACGAAAUAUGAAAUAGGUCAACGUCAUGUCUAUACAUCCCUAUAAAUUAUCAAGAGAUUCACGAAAGGCUACGAAUUGAAACAUGAUUAUAACGGACAUUUAAUCGUGAACAAUCAGAAGUUUCUGGAAGUAAACAAAUAAUCUACUAAACAAUGGUUUAUUUUUGUUUGUUUGUAAGUUUAUCUCAGACGUGAGACUAUCGUAGAAGAGAACUAGACAGAGGUUGUUAUUAUACAUUUCAGAAAGUAAUAAAUUUGGUCAUCUGCC